AUGAAAACGUUCAUUGUAGUGUGUUUAGUUGCGGUCGCGGCGGCGAUGCCGACCUCCAAGGAGGACGGUGUCAUGGAGAGGUUCAUAUCGACUCUGAGGGACUGUGUGGAAACUGACACGAUGCUGUGCUUAAAGGAAAAAGCGAUGAAGUUCACCGAAAACCUAGCAGUGUCUAAAGAUCUGAGCCUUGUCGAUGGAAUCACCUUCACGAGAACUGGCUCCCCUCGUUCAGCUCGCAGCUAUGAUCCUCUUCCUGAAGACCCCAAGACGAGGGAGCUCCAAGUCGAAGAGAGAAUCAUGGACAACUUCGUAGACUUCCUGGACAAUCACGCUUUGCAACUCAGAAUGCCAAAAUCCUUCACAGAAGAUAACUCUGUUGAAGAGGAAGGCCGUGGCAAGAAGAAGAAGAAGCUUAAGAAGCUCCUCCCCAUCCUUGCCCUCAUCAAACUGAAGCUCUCUGCCCUCAUACCUCUGUUCCUCGGUAUCAUCGCCUUCGCAGUAUUCAAGUUCUACAUCCUUGGAAAGAUCGCUUUCAUUGCAGCGGCCUUUGGAGCCCUGAAAAAGCUUUUAGACUCCAAAUCCAAGAGCGGAGGUGGUGGUUGGUCUGAACCAGCUCAUGAAGAGCACGGCUGGGAAAGCGGCGGUGGUUGGGGCAGGUCCCAAGACGCUCAAAACAUGGCCUACGCUGCUCAUGUUAAACAAGCAUAAAAUCCUAAGGAUUUAGGCUAAAUAAAUUAUGUAACUUAUUAUUACCAACUAAGUUUACCUGUAAAGGUUAUUUAUACGUAUGUCGACGACCACCGUUUUUAUCGUGAUGAAUGUGUGUUUUUUAAUUUUUAUUUUUUCUUUCUUUUUUAUAAUGUGCAUUAUGUUUUGACUGAUUUCCUUUAGUUUAGUAUUAUAUUUAGUCUAUUUUUCAUUUAAG